AUGCAGGAACCAAAUGUGAUCAGUCUGGCAUGGAAUGCACUGAACAACGAUUUACUCAGCUACAGCGGUAACGAUCGGAUUUCAAUCAAAGCGGGCAACUUUUCUAGCUACUCACAACAUGCAAAGGGAGUGACUGUUGGAUUUUCCGGUUGUCAUAUUUACUGUCUGCAAGAAACUGUCAUCCACCGACUGGAAGUGUCUUUGUCCCCGGUCAUGUAUCUUUAUCUCGAGGCCGGUCAGUUAGCUAAAGCGCGUGAAGUGGCCUGCUUCGGACUGACCGAACCGGAUUGGCUCAAUCUGGGUCAAGCCGCUCUGAUGAAGCUCAAUUUGUCUGUCUCCAAAUACGCUUUCAUUCAACUGAGUGAUACUGUUAUGCUGACAUUCAUUCAACAACUCGAGGAACGAUUUAAACGCGGCGAGUGGAAUCCGAACGAAUCGAUUCACAGUCCAGGCACUCUGAUCACUUUGGGUGAUAUAGCUGCGUAUAUGGGACGAUUCAGCGAGGCAGCCACAUACUACACGAAAUGNGAGGCUCGCGAAGCCAUGACCGCCGGUGGUGCGGAUUCGGCUGAACGAAGACAGUUGAUUGCAAAGCACGCGGACUGGGCUAGAACCACGAAAGAGCAUCGGACUGCAGCGAAAAUGUAUAUGGAUGCUGGAGAAUUUGCGAAGGCAAUUGAAUUGGCCGGCGAGCAUCGUUGGACAGAUCUCUUACUGGAGAUCAGUCGGAAACUGGACAAAGGUGAUCGAGACUGUCUGGAACGAUGUGCUCAACAUCUGGCCCGACUGGGCGAGUAUGCUUUUGCUGCCGAUUGCUACGCGAAAUACGGUGACGUGGAAAAUCAACUUGCGCUCCAUGUCGAAGCAAAAAGUUGGGAAGAAGCUUUUGAACUGGUUCGAAAAUAUCCGGAACAUCUGGAGCACGUCUAUUUGCCUUAUGCACAAUGGUUGGCAGAAAAUGACAAAUUUGAAGAAGCACAAGCAGCAUUUGCCAAGGCUGGACUGCAAUCCGAGGCUAUUCGAGUUUUGGAACAGUUGGCUACCUGUGCGGCAAACGAAUCAAGAUUCGAAGAUGCCGGUUUCUAUCAUUGGAAAUUAUCAAUGCAUUGUUUGGAGAUGGCCAGAGAUGCAAAAGCGCAUCACGGCCAAAAUUUGGGCGCGUACAAACUGGCCCGACUGGUGUAUGAACGGCUUCAAAAUUUACAUUUGCCGGAUGACAUGCGAGAAAAAGUUGACCUGGCCAGUCUAAGCAUACGAGCAAGACCGUAUGUGGAUUCCGAGGACAUUCAUGUUAUGUGCUAUCGAUGCUCGACAACCAACCCACUAGUGAGCAGUGCCGGGAAUCGUUGCACCAAUUGCAAGGAACCAUUUAUUUAUUCAUUUAUAUCCCUCGGAUCUCAAACAUUGAAAAUUUCCCAAGGAAAAGGUGACCUGUCCAAUGAGCAAGAUCGAUUCACUGCAAAACUGCUCAGUUCCGAUCUUAUAACCGGUGUGUAUUCUCCCGUGCAACUAGAUGCCGAUACUUUGAGUACAAUUUCAUCAUCCGAAGUUAUUGUGGUCGAUCACACCGCUCCUCUGCGUCCGCGUUACUAUAAAUCCGUCCUGCCGGAAAUCAGUAUUACCCAAUGCAACACCUGCCACAAAGUGAGUUUAUUUUCACGUGGUGUCGUACGCAACAUGAUAUCCGUCAUUUCCUGA